GCCUUCUUUCUACCAAUCACCCAACCGCCAUCCGUUUCAAACCCAUCAACCUUAUCACCCACAUCAGUACCCAUAUGGUGAUGACUACCAAGUCAACAAUGGGUCUGACUACUAUCCCUACCAUGAGGAACCACCAUAUGAUAUCCCGUCUAGAAACUUUGGAUAUUCUCCAUACCAAGAUCCUGAUGGGGAUGAUUAUUAUGAACCUCAUGGUGAUCAAGAUGACUAUGUCCAAUCUGGGCCUAUGUGCCAGUUCUAGAAGAUUCACCAAGUUCUACACCAUCACAGAAACCCGAGAGCAUAUCAACUCUUGCUGGGGCUACUGUGGUGAUGUUACCCAAUCCCCUCCAAGCCAAGUCUCAACCGGCACAGUCAUACAAGAGGUGGAACCAACUGAGGGACCUGACUCAGAACCACCUAGCCUUAUUCAAGAAAAGAAGGAGGAGGAAGUUUUGCCUAUGGCAAUAAACGACCAUCUCCUUAAUUGUGUUGAAGACACACCUCCAGAAGAACCUGUUCUGGAGGAAAUAGAGCCCAUUACCUGCCCCCAAGAUACCAAUGUCCAAAAGUCCGAGCAGGAAUCUACAGGCGAGGAAAUACUUUGCAUAGAAAAGCCAACUCCGUCUAUAGAAACUUGUGUACGUAAUGCUUCAUCUGAAGACUCAGACCAAACCUUCUUGUUAUAUCUCAGCUCCGGGUUUGACGGUAUUAAGUUCAAACUCAGGAAACAAAGUCCUUCGAUUCUCAAGAUGAAAUCAUCGGGGUCGUCCUUGCCAUCAAAGGUUGGGAUUUCAACCUUGAAAUCAGAGGAAGACUUCUCUUGGUUGUUUCUCCUUAUGGUGGGAGAAGGAACUCCUGAUUGGACGCCUUCUUCUUGCUCAUCUUCACUUUCCUCUGGAGUGUGGACCAUGCUCAUUUUCAACUUGGGCAUACCUUACAGUGGGAGCGAAGAAGAUGUCUCACCUGCGGAAAACACAAGGUUUCUGCAACCUUCGAGGCUUCUUGAUCCAACAGGUUAUGAUUAUUGGAAGAUCAUGAUGGAAGCACAUCUCUACGCUCUACAUGACUGCAUGUGGAUGGUGCUUGAGGAUGGACCCUUGAAAAUCCAAAUGGAGAACCCUGAGAGGAAUCCAGCUGGUCCGGAUGUAGUCCAGUACAUUCCAAAGCCCAAGGAAAAAUGGGAUGAUAGAGAUUGCAAAAAGCACAAUCUGGACAACGUCGCCAAAGCAGCCAUCUUCAAGACACUUGAUCCCAUCACCUUCUCCAAGAUUAAGCAUCUAAAGACUGCCAUGGAGAUUUGGCAAGGUCUUGGGAAGCUAUGUGAGGGAUCAGAGGACCUGAGAAAGCAGAAGAUAGAAGUUCUGCUUGAGAAGUUCAAAAGCUUCAAAAUGCUUCCCGGAGAAUCAUUUGAUAUGUUGGAUGAAAGAUUCCACAAGAUAUUGAAUGAUCUUGCUUCACUUAACUACAUUCUUUCUCCCAAAGAAAAGAAUGUAAGGUUGCUGAGAUCACUCCCAACUGAGUGGUACACCAAAGCCACAUCCAUGGAAGAAGGAAGAAACCUGGAGAACAACACUGUUCAAGGUCUCUUUGAUGAACUCAGAACCUAUGAGAACGAGCUAAAGAAGAAGAAGGAAGAACAAGUCACUCCCUUCCCCACGGCAUUGAUGACAACUCCAAGAAUCCCAUCAAGUGAAGGGACAUGCACAAGAAACUGUGACACACCUUCCUCCAGCCAGCUGUCAAGCUCAAAAAUGGAGAACUACGAUGAGGAAUUUUCCAUGAUGGUCAAGCAAUUCCGGAAGUUCAAGAAGUUCUUCAGGAAGGCUGAUUCAGUCAGAAGGCCAUCCAAGGGAAAGCCACAAGUAAGUGACUCCCCUCCUGAAUCUUAUUUAUGCUAUAACUGCAGGAAGCCUGGCCACUGGAAGUCAGCAUUCCCGUACCCAAAGGUGGAGAAGUACGGAGAAAGAGAAAGGAACGAGAAGAAAAAGAAGGCAAUGGUUGCUGCUGAAAGUGACGAGUCAUCCAGCUCAAGCUCGGAUGAAGAAGCCCUCGUCUGCAUGGAGCGCAAAGUUGAGAAGUCCAACCAUGGGGAUAGGUGGACUAUCAUACCAACUUCUGAAAAUCUUUUUGACCAGUUCAAAAAGAUGAUGGAAGAAUUUGAGGAGAUAAAUCUCAAACACUCAUCCUUAACAGAAGAGAACAAACUAUUGAGUGGAGAGAAUCUCAAGUUGACUGAAAGUCGGAAAAGUCAACUGAAUGAGAUCACUCAACUCAAGACUGAAAAUGAAUCUCUCUCUGAAAAGGUGAAAUCCCUUAACAAAGAGCUAGGGAUACUUAAGUCCAAAAAAGAAGUGAACAAGCUUCUUGAAACGACCAAACAUAAGGGUCGUGAAGGACUUGAGUUUGACCCCUCUAGUUCCAAAAAGAAAGGGAAAACAACUUUCAUCCCUCCUAAACCUACUGCCAAACCAAAUAAGCAGAAAGGGAGGAAAAGGAGAAACCAACAGAAGUUCCCAAAAAGGUCUUACCAACCUAGGUUUGCUAGGAGGAAACAGGAAAUUGCACCUCCUGCACGUAGGAAGUUUUAUGCCUACAACUAUGAUUACAAUCCCAACAAGUUUAGAGCUGCAAGGAAAAUUCCCUGCAACUUCAAACUUGAUGUAGGGACACACACCAUUAACAAUUCCGGACCCAAACUGAAUUGGCAUGAUCAUGAGGUUCUGGAUCUAUCUGACAAGGAUGAAGAAGUCAAUGAAGGAGAUAGAAUGAAGCCUACGGAGUUCAUUCCAUUCAGAAGUCUACCACUGAAGACUUCACAGAGAAAUCCGGAUUCAAACAGUGCUGAGCCUACCGGAAAUCUUGGCCAGCCUUCUAAUAUUCCGGAUCACUCAAACGGCGACAAUUCCGGAAAUGGCGACCCAGUGCCAAUCCAUCCGGAAACACCAACUUCUGUUCUUCAACCAGAAGCUGAACUAGAUCAACCAGUGAAUCCUAAUCAACACAAUCUUCGUUGGUUAAGGGAUCAUCCUCCCCAACAAAAGUUGGAAGGCAAGUGCUCCUCACCAACGUUCUAUCAAUCCUAUCUGGAGAUGAUUGCUGCUCAAGAGCUCUCCGAAUUCCUUCAUAUGGAGAUUCGAUUCAAGUAUGAGAACGAAGUUCUUGAAUUCUACAAGAAUGGAAAGGUCAAGACUGUCAAAUUGAAGAAGGAUCCACUGAGGACGAUUCAAGUCAUCAAUUCCACUGUUGGAGGGACCAAACUGAAGCUUUCGCAGAAGAAAUUGGGAGAAAAACUUCACCUUCCCAAUUCCGGAGUUAAAAUUGGGAGACUUCCAGCCAAGAAUCUGGAUUGGAAUAUUAUUGGAAUUUCUAGGCAAGCUCCCUCUGGCCCAGCGAAGAAAGCUGAUCUGAACAACGACUACAAGCUAGUCCUUGAACUGGUCAUUGCAUGCCUCGAGUGUGGAAGUGGAGGACAUGCUGAUGACAUCACCCAAGAGAGGGGCUUCAUCAUCAAUGCCCUCAUUACCAAGUCUAAGGUAAAUUGGGCUGCACAUUUCUUCAAUUCCAUCUCAAAGCAUCUGGGAAAACCCAACCAGAAAUACCUUUGUCAAGGUCUGUACAUUGGACAUAUCUUGGAGUCCUUGUGUGCUGCUUCUGAAGGAAAGAAGUAUGAAGCCAGGUAUUGGCUAUACUAUCUGUCUUCCAUAGGGGAAAACAGAGCUGGUGCUAGCACAACUACAGAGGAAAGUUCUUCAGACAAUGUCCUUAUCAUGAGUCUGAACAAGUCAGUAAAGAGGAAGCAUGUGGUGUCUCCCUCUUCCAAUGCUGAAGCACUAGAGAAUCUUGCUCUGAUCAAUCUUGAAGAAGAAGAAGAAAUCUCUGCCCAAGGAGAACUACGAAGGAAAAAGAAGAGGAAAAUCACCUCUCCCUCAACAUCUGGAAAUGUCAACCGGGAUGAGUUGAAGGAGAAGGAACCAGUUGAGGAAAACUCUGCCCACAACCAGAGCCCUCAACAACCUGAUGAAGAAAUUCCUCAAAGCUUGGAAAGUUGGAAAUUCAGCAGAACACUGGAACACUUGGUCACCUCACCAGUUUCAGAAUUUGAGGCUGACGAUGAGGAUCCUGCAGUUUACAGGCCAAUCUUCUCAAAGGCUACAAAAGAUCAGGUGGCUCCUACCACUAAAGCACAAGCAGAUAUGGAAGCCACAGCUGAGGAUUUCCAAAUUUUCCUAGAAACCUCCCCUGCCAUUGAAACGGUUCUGACUGAAGCUGACCAGGAGAAUGCAGCCUCUACUCCACAAGAACAGAACCAAGAAGCAUCAGAAGAAGAACUCCAGCAACUUCUCCAUUCUCAAGCUUUAGAGAUUCUCACAACUCCUUGUGAGAUCACCAAUCCUACUGAAACUGAGAUUCUGGAGAAGUCAGCAGAUAAUCUGGAGAUGUCCAAACCUCUAGAAGCAAAUGAAGUUCAAGAAGAGCAAGCUGUAGAAGCCCAGAGGAGUUCUGCAGAAGAUGAGAAGGAAACUCAAAUGGCAUAACUGGAGGCCUCCAAAUCUCCAGUAGCCAUUUUUGAAGAACAAAAUGAAGCUGAAGAAAGAGACUCCCUAUCU